AUGUCCAUGAAAAGGUUGCCACCGACGAAAAAUGCAAGAGGAAAAGGCUACGACGAAAAGAUCCAGGAUGCUAUUCCCAAGGACGCACAAGAUCUGGCCAUCAAGGCUACGAAUGUGGCACCAGCAGUCAAGAAUGACGUCGUUGAAAAGUUCCAAGAACGUCUUGAUGAAGGAACUGAUCGAGCCCAGACGAACAACGACCCACCUGCAAACUCCGUCUUUCUAUUGCAUGACAUGAUUGAUGAUGUCUGCACUGGCGUGUACGAGACCACCAAGAGCCCCCGUGUCAAGGAACAGGAGAACUUUCAAAAUGCAUUCAUCAUGGACAAGAUUGAGAUGAUCCAGGCCAAGGAGGACGAGAACAACAGGAUACCAUUCCGGCCGCCACUCAGUUGUCGUAGAGGGCCACUCGAAUGUAGAGUACGGCGGUAUAGACUGCCAAGGCAGAGCUGA